AUACAAGAGAUACAAAAAGAAAUCAUUGAAGAAUUUUUAGUUUUCGAUGAUUGGACGGGCAAAUACGAAUACAUCAUCGAUUUAGGCAAAGAACUUGCUCCUUUAAACCCUGUUUUUAAAACCGAUGGAAAUAUCGCUGCCAAUCGCAAGUUUGGCUGCAUGCCGAAAAAAAAAGAUAAUCUAUUGCAUUUCUACGCAGAUAGCGACGCCAUUAUUACCAAAGGCUUGGUUUCAUUGAUUGUGCGAAUAUUUUCGGGACACACUGCCGCAGAAAUAGUAGAUACUCCCUUAUUUUUCAUGCAAGAAAUCGGUUUACAGCAGCAUCUGUCUCCUACCAGAGCCAAUGGCCUAAUGAGCGCUGAACUCGAAAAACAAAUUAUUGUCAAACUCAAAGAGGUUUACGACCCCGAGAUUCCGGUGGAUAUCUACGAACUGGGAUUAAUUUAUUCGGUUAAAAUUGAAGCCGAGGGAAAAGUAAUCAUAGAAAUGACUUUAACAUCUCCUUCUUGCCCAGAGGCUGAGGUAAUUCCAGGUAAUGUAGAGGCCAAGGUAAAAGAACUUCCCGAAGUAACCUCAGUAGAGGUAAAAGUAACCUUUGAACCACCAUGGGAACGCGACAUGAUGAGUGAAGAAGCGAAGUUAGAA